AUGGCCGCCCCCGAGGUUCACCACCUGUUCCACAACCCGAUUGUCGAUCACUCGUUCUCGGCCGAUCACUCUACCUUGGCCGUUACUCGAGACUCGACCAUCGAGCUGUACUCCAAGGUUGGCAAUGCCUUCAAGCUGAAGGAUGAGCUCAAGGGCCACGACAAGACCGUCACCAGUGUGGACAUUGCUCCCAAGAGCGGCCGCAUCGUGACCUGCUCUCAGGAUCGCAAUGCCCUUGUCUGGGAGCCCUCCCCGACCGGAUACAAGCCCACUCUAGUCCUGCUUCGAAUUAACAGGGCCGCGACUUUCGUCCGCUGGUCGCCUUCCGAGACCAAGUUCGCCGUCGGUUCCGGUGACCGUGUCAUCGCCGUCUGUUACUUCGAAGAGGAGAAUGACUGGUGGGUGUCCAAGCACAUCAAGAAGCCCAUUCGCAGCACCAUCACCAGCGUCGCCUGGCACCCCAACUCCGUCCUCCUCGCUGCCGGUUCCACCGACGCCCACGCUCGAGUCCUCUCCAGCUUCAUCAAGGGCGUUGAUGCCCGACCCCCCGCCGGCGUCUGGGGCGAGCGACUUCCCUUCAACACUGUCUGCGGAGAGUUCCUGAACAACUCUGCCGGAUGGGUUCACUCCGUCGCUUUCUCCCCGAGCGGUGACAGCCUUGCCUUUGCCGCUCAUGACAGCAGCAUUACUGUCGUCUACCCCACCGGACCCGAUCAGCCCCCUCGUGCCGUUGUCACCAUCUCCACCCAGAUGCUUCCCUUCAAGAGCCUGCUGUGGAGCUCCGAAGAUGAGAUUAUCGCUGCUGGCUACGAUUGCGAGGCUUUCCGAUUCCAGGGUAGCGAGGGCGGCUGGCAGCUGACCGGAACGAUCGAGUCCAAGGGUGGCGCCGGUCUCGGCGCGCAACGUGAGGAGUCUGCACUGAACAUGUUCCGACAGAUGGAUCUCAAGGGCAAGGCCAAGGAUGACACCCAACUCAAGACUGUUCACCAGAACACCGUCACCAUGAUUCGUCCGUAUGAGACUUCCGGCGACCGCGUCACAAAGUUCAGCUCAAGCGGCGUCGACGGUAGAGUUGUCAUCUGGAACGCUUAG